UGAGCGCCCUUAAGAAUCAUGACAUUUGAGCAGACGAUUCUAAGAGUGUUGUUGUGGGAAAAAACCUCUCUACCUUGUGUACAGCACGUUUGAAUCUGUGAAGAAUGAAACCGGCGGAUGUAUAUAUUGUUAGUGCUACAAGAACCCCUAUUGGGUCCUUUUGUGGGAAACUCUCGUCAUUUCGAGGUAGCGAAUUAGGUUCCAUCGUUAUUCAAGAUGCCUUGAAACGAUGUUCUAUUAACCCGGAAGAUGUUUCGGAAGUCAUUAUGGGACAGAUUCUGACUGCAUUAGAGGGACAGAAUCCUGCCCGUCAAGCUGCCUGCAAUGCAGGCAUUCCAUACUCUGUGCCAGCGUACACUGUUAAUAUGCUGUGUGGUUCAGGCCUUAAGGCAGUCAUGCUAGCAGCCCAGUCCAUCCAGCUUGGUUCGUCUUCAGUAGUAGUGUGUGGAGGACAAGAGUCCAUGAGCCGUGUUCCUCAUGCUAUUUUGAUGAGGCCUGGCAUCAAAAUGGGCAAUGGAACACUGAAUGAUACAAUGAUACACGAUGGUCUCACUGAUGCUUUCAACCAUUAUCAUAUGGGAGUUACAGCGGAAAAUAUUGCCAAACAAUACCAAAUAUCUCGUCAACAGCAGGAUGAGUAUGCUGUGCAGUCACAGCAACGGACGGAGGAAGCCAAAAAAGCCAAUAGAUAUCAAGCGGAAAUAGUACCCGUCACAGUCAAAGAUCGCAAGGGUGAUAUUAUAGUAAAAGAUGACGAGUUUCCGAGACCCGACACCAGCCUAGCAUCUCUUUCGAAACUUCGACCGGCGUUUGCAGCUCAGGAUGGUACGGUAACGGCAGGCAAUUCUUCGGGUUUAAAUGACGGAGCUGCAGCGCUUGUUCUAGUAUCAGCAUCCGAAAUGGAAAAACGCUCGUUGAAACCCCUCGCCCGUGUUGUUUCUUACAGUCAAAUAGGCCUCGACCCAUCGGUCAUGGGCUUGGGCCCAGUUCAAGCGGUUCGCGAGGCCGUCGCCAAAGCCGAAUGGACUUUGGAUAGCGUUGAUUUGUUCGAGUUGAACGAAGCCUUCGCUGCUCAGGCCGUGUCUGUGAUACACCAGCUGGGUAUCGACCCAAAUAAGAGCAACGUGAAUGGUGGCGCAAUCGCACUGGGUCAUCCUGUCGGAGCAUCCGGCGCACGAGUUCUUGUCUCGCUAGUUCACUCAAUGGUCGAUCGACAAGCACAACGAGGCGUUGCCGCGUUGUGCGUCGGCGGUGGCAUGGGAGUUGCCAUGUGUAUCGAACGCUGUUGACUUUCAUCAGAUGAAAUCUCGCACCUAGUGCCAUGACUCUAGCUAGUUGAAUUUCCAUUUAGAGCUUUAAAACUUUCUUUUUUUCUUUCAGAAACACAAACAAAUACAUUGUUGAAUUUA